CAACGUAACGCGCAACGGAACAAAGCCACCACCCACCCAACCCAACAACGCGUCGGCGCCACGCCUACCCAAACCCAGACCCAACCAAGCGAGACAAAGCCAAAAGCAAAGGCGCCGACCGAUUCCAACUUCCGGCCUGCCCCCACCGCCUCCUUCCUCCCUCUCCUCAAGGCAAGGAGGCCGGACACCCCGCCGGGUGGGCGCCCGGCGACGCCCGCGAUCGCCAUGCCGCCAUCCGCCACGACCGCCCGCUUCCUCCUCUUCGUCGCGGCCCUCUCGCUCGUCCUCCUCCCCUUCCCCGGAACCCUAGCCGCCUCCGCCGCUGCCGACCCCUGCGCGGCAGCGGCGGAGUCGGACGCGGCAAGCGGCGAGAUCCCCCUGUGCCCGGUGCGGUGCUUCCGUCCCGACCCGGUCUGCGGCGCCGACGGGGUCACGUACUGGUGCGGCUGCCCCGAGGCCGUGUGCGCCGGCGCCCGCGUGGCGCGGCGCGGGUACUGCGAGGUCGGGGCCGGGUCGGCGCCCGUCUCCGGCCAGGCGCUGCUGCUCGUCCACAUCGUCUGGCUCUUCGUGCUCGGCGCCGCCGUCCUCCUCGGCUUCCUCUGAUGUCCCCUCCCCUUACCGAAACUGUGACGACUCCUCCCCGUUUGUAGAACGAAUUGCCCCCCGUUUCGCAAUUCCUUUGUUGGGUUUCCGGUGCCUUGUUCAGAGCUUGAGGGAUGCUGCUGCUGUUGCUGCAAUGAUAUCGUUGCAACGAUUUGGUCGAGAGAGGUGUCACCCAAUUCUUUGCUAGAUGAGUUUCCUUUAGAUUUCGGGGCUGAGCUGUUCAGAUUGGUCGGGAAUUAUAGGUUGAGAUCGUGUAAACAGUUUGUAAAUUUCGGCUAACAUUUUGCGGUGAUCUGAUCUGUCUGUGCUUGUCUAUAAAUUUGAGCUUCCUGGUUUACUUUUUGUGAUCUUUUAGUCAGGUAAAUCUGUUUGUGCUUGUCUGUAAAUUUGAGCUUCCUGGUUUGCUUUUUGUGAUUUACUUUCAUGGGUUAAAUCUGAUUUGUUGUUGUGCUAUUUGUGGCUUAUGUGGUACUAAGAAUGUAAUUGAUAUACGAAAGCU